GACGACCCCGUUUUCUUAUCCCACCACCCAAACACCAGAAUUCUUUCCCAUUGCUCCUUUCGAGUUAGUCAGACCAGAUACACUACACUCAAGAGUCAAGGAUGAAGCAGGUUCAACAUUAUUUCCCCUUCCUUCUUUUCUUCACGAUCUUCUUCACUUCUGCUCAGUCGCAGGCAGUGUCUUCGGGACCAUCAGGCCCCACCAACAUCACUUCAAUCCUGGAAAAGGCCGGCCAGUUCACCACCUUCACCCGCCUCCUCAAAAGCACCCAGGUGGCCGACCAAAUCAACACGCAGCUUAAAAACUCCAACCAGGGCCUCACCAUCUUCGCACCCACCGACAACGCUUUCUCCACCCUCAAAUCAGGCACGCUAAACUCCCUCACCGACCAACAAAAAGUACAGCUGGUGCAAUUCCACAUCCUCCCUUCUUUCUUCUCCAUAUCGCAGUUCCAAACCGCCAGCAACCCUUUGCGUACACAGGCCGGUGAUAGCAGCAACGGCGAGUUCCCGUUAAACGUAACCACCUCAUCAGGAAACCAAGUGAAUAUAACCACAGGGGUCGUCGACGCAACACUGGCUAAUACUAUAUUUACUAAUAACCAGUUUGCUGUAUAUCAGGUGGACAAGGUGCUGCUUCCGUUGGAUAUUUUUGGGGCAGCUGCCUCGCCGGCUCCAGCACCGUCUAAUAAGCCUGAGAAGAGGGUUUCGGGUUCCGAUGCUCCUUCUGGGUCUAAGAAUGAUGCCUCCGUGGACACUUCUAGUGCAACAGCAACAACAGCAAUGUCCUUUGGAGUUGCAGUUAGUGCCGCAUUUUGUUGUUUGUGGUUCUGAUUUUUGUGUUGAUUAAUGAAAAUGAAAUAUUGAGCGCGGCUGUUAUCAUUUC